AAAUCAUUCCCCCUUUUCUUUGUCCGUCAGUUUCCCCGGAAAACCCUCAAAACUCCACCGACCCAUGCCGUCAUCUCCCUUGGGCUCGCCGACGGGCUCCCGGUCUGUAACCAAGACCGUCAAUGGCUCCCACCACUUCACAAUCAAGGGCUAUUCCUUAGCCAAAGGCAUGGGCGUAGGCAAACACAUAGCCAGCGAGACCUUCACCGUGGGAGGUUAUCAAUGGGCAAUUUACUUUUACCCCGAUGGCAAAAACUCUGAAGAUCAUUCUACAUAUGUCUCCGUUUUCGUGGCUUUAGCAAGCGAAGGCACCGAUGUUAGAGCCCUUUUCCAGUUAACUCUUCUGGACCAAAGUGGGAAAGGGAAACAUAAAGUUCAUAGCCAUUUCGAUCGAGCUCUCGAGAGCGGCCCAUAUACGCUUAAGUAUAGGGGAAGUAUGUGGGGAUACAAGCGUUUCUUCAGGCGGGCUAUGCUUGAAACAUCUGAUUUCCUGAAGGAUGAUUGCUUAAAAAUAAAUUGCACUGUUGGUGUUGUGGUUUCAGAAAUAGACUGCCCAAGGUUGCAUUCCAUACAGGUCCCUGAGUCUGAUAUUGGCUCCCAUUUUGGCAUGUUAUUGGAAAAUGAAGAAGGUUCAGAUAUUAUUUUUAAUGUGUUUGGGGAAAAGUUUCAUGCUCACAAGCUGGUGUUAGCUGCUAGGUCCCCUGUAUUUGAAGCUGAAUUUUCUGAUCGGAUGGAAGAAGAUGAUAACGAAAUAGUUGUUACAAAUAUGGAGCCCAGGGUUUUUAAGGCUUUGCUGCACUUCAUCUACAGAGACAGCCUUGUUGAGGUUGAGGAGCUUUCCGGGACUAGUUCAUCUUGUAUGUCAUCCGUACCUGAUGCAUUAACAGCAAAAUUGUUGGAAGCUGCAGACAAAUAUGACUUACCUAGACUUAGAUUGAUAUGUGAGUCUGUACUCUGCAAGGAAAUAUCUGUGAACUCAGUCGCAAACAUUUUAGCCCUUGCUGAUCGUCAUCAUGCUAUGGAUCUAAAAGCUGUCUGCUUAAAAUUCGCAGCUGAAAAUCUUGUUGCUGUUAUGCGCUCAGAUGGUUUCGAGUAUCUCAAAGAAAACUGCCCGUCACUGCAGUCGGAGAUACUCAAGACAGUUGCAGGCUGCGAGGAAGAAUUCAGCGGUGGGGGAAAGAGCCGAAGCGUGUGGGCACAGUUUUCUGAUGGUGGCGAUACAAUUAACAGGAGUGUAAGGCAAGAAACUUGGGAAAACGGAGGGGAACAAAAUCAAGGUGUGUGGGUUCAGCUUGAAGAAGGUGGCGGUGAAGGGAGUCCAAGGCAAGAAGAAUAGUGCUGCUACAGCCGCCGCUGGUGAAACAUGGUACAUUGCAUUUAUAACUAACAUUUGAGGACAUUAGAUGGGGGUAAAACAAAAGAAAAGGGCAUGGU